AUGGCGGAAAUUACUUCGAAUAUCCAUAUCGUUGGAGAGCGAAAAGGUGAGUGGGUUUGGCUUGCAUCCAAACAGAACAAUGAGUUCGAAAUACCGUACGCAGGCCGGGUCAUCCGGACCCACUCCGGAAAGACGCUUAUCGUGGACGACGAUGACAAUGAGGUGUGGGUCAAGGACAGUGAGGUUAUCAAAGCGAUGCAUGUUACGUCGCAACAAACGGUUAGCGAUAUGAUAACACUCGGGGACCUGCAGGAGUAUGCCAUUUUGCGAAAUCUGAUUGUUCGAUACCAUCAGAAGCAAAUAUACACCUACACCGGCAGUAUGCUGGUGGCCAUUAACCCGUACGAGAUUCUACCGAUUUACACGUACAAUGAGAUCAAUAUGUAUCGCGAUAGAAAAAUCGGUGAUUUGCCGCCUCAUAUUUUUGCCAUCGGUGAUAGUGCAUACCAGGAGAUGCGGCGCGAUGCGCGAAAUCAGUGCAUCGUGAUUAGCGGCGAAUCGGGAGCUGGAAAGACGGAAAGUACGAAAUUGAUUUUACAAUACCUGGCGGCCACCAGUGGGAAGCAUUCGUGGAUAGAGCAGCAGAUUAUCGAAUCGAAUCCGAUUAUGGAGGCAUUCGGGAACGCGAAGACGGUAAGGAAUGAUAAUUCCUCGCGGUUCGGAAAGUACAUCGAUGUGCACUUCAAUAAGGAGGGUGUGAUCGGUAGUGCUAAGAUAGAUCAGUAUCUGCUGGAAAAGUCGAGGAUAGUGCAUCAGAACAAGGGAGAAAGGAAUUAUCACAUAUUUUACUCGAUGCUAGCUGGAAUGAGUAAAGAGGAAAAGAAAUUGCUGGAGCUGGAAGAUGUCUCAAAGUAUCACUACUUAACUGGUGGACAGACAUUGAUUUGCGAAGGACGUAACGAUGCGAGUGAAUUUGCAAAUGUUAGAGAGGCGAUGAAAGUCCUUGCGUUUUCGGAUCAGGAGAUUUGGUCGCUUCUGAGUUUAUUGGCUGCAAUUUUGCACCUGGGAAACAUCAAGUACAAGGCGAUGGUAGUGCAAAAUAUGGAUGCCGUGGAGGUAAAUGACAAUGCGAAUGUGACCAGAGUCGGAAGCCUGCUGGGAGUUCCGAAAAACGUUUUGAUCAACGCGUUAACACGGAGAACCAUAUUCGCCCAUGGUGAGCGGGUUAUAUCCCAUGUUUCCAAAGAGCAGGCAAUAGAAGCACGGGAUGCCUUUGUAAAAGCGAUCUAUGGAAAAAUAUUUAUAAUGAUUGUGGAUAAAAUUAACUGUGCCAUUUACAAACACAAUCCAAGAUCCCGUAUAUCGAUCGGAGUUCUUGACAUUUUUGGAUUCGAGCAGUUCGAAACAAACAGCUUUGAGCAACUGUGCAUUAAUUUUGCUAACGAAAAUUUGCAACAGUUCUUUGUCAAACACAUCUUUAAGAUGGAGCAAGCGGAGUACACGCGCGAAGGUAUCAAUUGGACAAACAUUGAAUUCAUUGAUAAUCAAGAUGUUCUGGAUAUGAUUGGAAUGAAAUCACUGCAUAUUAUGGCGCUAAUCGAUGAAGAAACUCGUUUCCCCAAGGGUACUGAUUUGACUAUGCUUUCGAAGCUACACACAACCCAUGGGUCGAAAACAAUCUAUCUGAAGCCAAAAUAUGACAAUGUUCCUUCAUUCGGGGUUCAACACUUUGCUGGAACGGUCUUUUACUCUGUUAGUGGAUUUUUGGAGAAAAAUCGUGAUACCUUCAGCUCAGAUUUGAAGGAAUUAGUGACAAAGAGCAGCAACGAGUUCUUGACAAAACUAUUCGGAGCAGACGAUUCUCUGGAUACUUCGAAAAGAUCAAUUACUCUGUCGUUACAGUUCCGAAGCUCGCUGGAAUCGCUAAUGAGGACUUUAUCAUCUUGUCAUCCUUACUUCAUAAGAUGUAUUAAGCCAAAUGACCUAAAAAAACCAAAGAUCAUCGACAAAGCUCUAUGUGUUCGACAGCUGCGAUAUUCUGGCAUGAUGGAAACUGCUAAAAUCCGGAAAGCAGGUUACGCGAUCCGACACACUUACACACAGUUCGUGGAACGAUACCGCCAUCUGGCUAAAAAUAUAGGACCCGCUCACAAAGUUGACUGUGUAGCUGCCUCCAGACACAUCUGUCAACGAGUUUUAGCUGAUGUUCCCGAUGACUAUCAGUUUGGCAAAACAAAAAUAUUCAUGAAGGAGAGCCACGAUCUGUUGCUCGAAUCGGAACGAUCCAGGGUCUAUCUACAUUACAUUAUAUUGAUUCAGCGUGCAUUCCGUCGGGUUCUGUUCUUCAAGUAUAUCCGGAGGUACCGUUGGGCGGCCAUUACCAUUCAGAAGCAUUGGCGCGCACGUGGCUAUCGGUCUAGUUAUCUGGUGAUGAUAAACGGUUAUCGAAGGCUGCAGGCGGUGAUUCAAUCUCGCGAGUUAUCGUAUAAAUUCGCUAGGAUUCGGGAUGCCAUGGUGCACCUGCAGGCCCAAUGCAGAGGUUAUUUGACCCGUAUGCACCUGAAGAACAAAAUUACCUACAAAUCGCAGAGAAUGAAUGAGCUUCGUGCACUGAAGCGCAAGGAAGAAAUCCAAUUCAAACAGUCUGGAAACAAACGGUGGAGAGAAGACGCAGAUCACAACUACUGGCUGCGGGUAGACGAGCUGAAUCGAGAGUUCGCUUUGGAAGCAGAAGAAGCCAGAAAAGCAGCCAUGAUAAAACCUCAGCAACCGAUCAAUGCUGACGAGGAGAACAAAAUACUGGACGAUGUGUUCGGAUUCCUGGACGGUUCCAUGAGUCCAGAGCCAAUGCCGAAGCGAAAGGCCUCAUUUGCCGAGGAGAGCGAUCACGCUACCAGCCAGGCCCCAACCAGUGCCACCACAUCGGAGUAUGAGGAAAAUUUUCCCUACCGCGAGGAUUUAUCCGAUUAUAACUUUGUCAAGUACGCAGCCACAUAUUUCGCGAACAAUGCGUCUUAUCAGUUCAGCAAGCGCAAACUUAAAUCCUCGCUGCUAGAUCUAACCAGCCCAGCCGACAUCAUCUCUGCACAGGCUUUGUGGAUUACAAUUUUACGAUUCAUGGGAGAUAUGGCCGAAGCGCGAUACGAGGGCGAUAGCGAGAGCGCGAAGCAUAAACCGGUUAUGCAGAAGCUAACGGUCACGUUGGGUAGGAAUUUCGCCAAAACGAAAGAUUUUCAAAGUUUUCAGCAAAAUCUGUCCGAGCAUGAGCGGAAGUUGAUUCACAGGACGUUGAAGCGGAAAACGAAAAUUCCGAGUGAGUUGAGGGCGCUCGUUGAAAACACUGAUGAAAUUGCUGAUUAUCAAGAUUUUCUUAAUAAUCGUAGUUCUAAUUUGGACAAGCUUCAUUUCAUAAUCGGUCAUGGAAUUCUGAACAAACAAUUGCGAGACGAAAUCUAUUGUCAGAUUUGCAAACAGUUAACCAACAACCCCAAUGCCAGUUCGCAUGCUAGGGGAUGGAUUUUACUUUCACUUUGUGUUGGGUGCUUUCCACCCUCGGAAAAGUUUCAAAAGUAUUUAAGAUCAUUUAUUCGGGAUGGCCCAACACUGUACGCUCCCUAUUGUGAGCAUCGGCUUAAUCGGACGUUGAAGAAUGGAGCUAGAAGGCAGCCACCUUCUUGGCUAGAGUUGCAAACCACUAAAACGAAAAAACCUAUUUCGGUGCAGGUCACCUUAAUGGAUGGGUCCAGCAAGAACGUGGAAAUCGACUCAGCAACAACUGCGGAAGAAAUGUGCGAGCAAAUUUCAUACAACAUUGGACUAACGGAUGUUUUUGGGUUUUCUAUUUUUGUUAUGAUGCAAGAAAAAGUCCUUUCGCUGCAAAGUGGACAAGAGUUCAUCAUGGAUGCUAUUUCAAACUGCGAGCAGUACGCCAAGGAGCAGGGCGGUAGUGAACGGACUGCGCCCUGGAAAAUCUUUUUCCGGAAAGAAAUGUUUGCUCCUUGGCAUGAUCCCUCUGUAGAUGCCAUUGCUACAUGUUUAAUAUACGCUCAGGUUGCUCGCGGUAUCAACUUGGGAGAGCUGGUGAGUACCUCGGAUAAGGACAUUGCAAUGUUGGCAGCGUUGCAGUAUUAUGCCGAUCACGGGAACGAGAUGAACAGCAAAAUACUGCAGGAGAAUUUGAAGAAUUAUAUUCCGAGAAAUCUUGUCAGGCCAGAAACAGCAUCUCGCUGGAUACAAUUGAUCGAGUCUGCUUUCAAGAGAAGUCGAUGUGUAAAAGAAGGCCUCCAAAGGAUCGCUGCCAAGGAAGAUAUAGUUUUAUUCGCGAAAAUCACCUGGAGCAUGAUGUUUUCGAGAUUCUAUGAAGCUGUACAAAUAGAGGGAACUAAGCUUCCGACUAGCAACGUUAUGAUUGCUGUAAACUGGUCUGGACUAUUCUUUGUUGAUGAUCAAGAGCAAGUUUUGGUUGAGUUGUCGUAUUCGGAGAUUAUGCAAAUUGAUUGCGAAGAUGGCGAUGAUAAUGAUGUUGCGACAUUGUUCAUAACCACAAUACAGAAAGAUGAUUUUGUGUUCAAAUCGUUCGACGCAAAGACUUUAUCUGCUUUGAUCAACUAUAUACUUAAAGAGUUACGCAACAGGAGCAUAUAUGCGGUUGCAAUUAAAACUUACACGAGCGAUAGUGAGGCGGAAUCAAUGUUGAACUUGUUAAAAGGGGAUCUGGUGACGCUCGGUCAAGGGUUCACCGGUGAAUCUAUUUUAGCAGAUGAGGCAACAUGGGGAUACGGUGAGUCAAAUGGAAAGUCGGGCUAUUUCCCGACAGAAAUAAUUCAUGUAUUACCGACGAUUUUGCCUCCACCGGCUGCUGUUUUGAGCGUCUAUAGGAAAGAAGGAUUAUUGAAAGCACGGAAACAUGCCACCCCCAAUUACAAUACUGUUCAGAGAAAGAAGAUGUAUACCUUACAAAAAUUCAGUUCAGAUAACUUUAGAGCUCCGAUCAGUGUCAUGUCUUCAUCUUCAACUUUGUCAAGUGUGAAAAAGUCGAGUUCCGAAAUACUUUGGCGACACACCCGUGAACCAAUGAAGGCGCCACUGCUGCAAAAAUUGCAGCACGAUAAGACGAGGUCUGAUGCAGCGGUCAUGAUAUUCGCAGUAAUCUUGAAGUACAUGGGUGACUUACCCAGGGGACGCGAGAUCAUUGAUACGGACCGAAUUUUCGGUCCAGCCCUAAAUGAUGAACUUCUGCGAGAUGAAUUGUUCUGUCAGCUAAUGCGACAGCUUACCGAUAACCAGAUCCAGGUCAGCGAGGAACGCGGUUGGGAUUUACUAUGGCUGGCGACCGGUGUCAUGCUUCCGAGUCAGCAACUAAUGAAAGAGCUGUUCGAAUUUCUUAAAACUAGAAAGCACCCGAUCGCUGCAGAAUGCUUGCAGAGAAUACAUAAGUCACUAAAGCUUGGCCAACGGAAGUACCCACCAUAUAUUGUGGAGGUGGAAGCGAUUCGCUGCCGAACAGUUGAAAUCUAUCAUAAGGUGUACUUCCCGGAUGACACGGAUGAGGCAUUCCAGAUUGAAUCCUUUACGAAAACGAAGGAUUUGGUGCAAACCAUCACUAAACGGUUGGAGCUUAAAUCUAGUGAAGGCUUUAGUUUGUUCAUUAAAAUCGGUGAUAAAGUGUUCUCCGUUCCGGAGGAAUACUUUAUUUUCGAUUUUAUCUAUGAGCUCAUGGAAUGGAUGCGAGAAACUCUGCCAUCCAGAUCAAAUGACAAUCGAAUUCAGUGCGAAUACCAGUUAUUCUUCAUGAAGAAAUUGUGGAUCAAUGUGGUGCCCGGAAAGGAUUCUUUUGCGGAUCAAAUGUUCUAUUUCCACCAAGAGGUACCUAAAUUACUACAGGGCUACUAUAAAGUGUCUAAGUCUGAGGCUGUUGAGCUGGCUGCUUACAUAUUUUGGGCUCAGUAUGAAGAACAGGAUAUCCAGUUACUACAGAAGUCUUUCUCUGAAAUGAUGUUAUUGUUAAUUCCUGAGGAUGCUAUACGAAUGCAGAAGGCAGACCAGUGGAAAAAAGAUAUCGUAUCCAAAGUACAAUCUCUGAAUGGAAUCAGCUCAUCAGCUGCUAAAUUAGAGUUCCUAAAGAUUGUACACAAAUUCCCAAUGUUUGGUUCUACGUUCUUCGUCGUGAAACAAGCGACCGAUCAGAAUCUUCCGACUACGUUGCUAGUAGCGAUCAAUAGGAAUGGAUUCAAUUUGGUUGAUCCACGUACAAAGGACAUACUGGCAGAAUACAGUUUCAUGGAACUAAACUUUUGGAGUUCCGGUAAUACCUAUUUCCACAUAAAAUUCGGAAGCAUGAUGGGUUCCUCUAAACUGUUGCUGGAAACGAAACAGGGGUACAAGAUGGACGAUCUACUGACAUCCUACAUACGUCUCUUCAAAAUGCAAGGACAACGAAACUGA